AUGGAUAAUUGGUUUGAAGUUCGAACUACCUGUGAUGCCAAUUUAAAUGUCGCCUCUUCAAUAUCGGCAAUAGCAUUUGAUCCAAAUCAAGAAUUAUUAUGGACCGGAAAUGAUAAGGGUCGAAUUGCUUCACAUUUUGGAAGUGGAUUACAUCGUUAUACAAGUUUUCGAGCACACUUAGCACCAGUUAUACAAAUUUUAGUUAACGAUAGAGGUGUGAUUUCAUUAAGUUCAGAUGCUGUUAAAAUGACUAAUCGAAGAGGAUUGGUCAGAUGGACUUUGAGCAAUGAGGAUACUACUGAUUUACGUUGUAUGACUUACACAACCAUGCCAGAUUCAGAAAUCUUGGCGGCAGGGAAGCAACAUAAUAUGUUGGUUAUUAAUGUCGCAAGGGGUACGGUUGUUAAAAAGGUGGAAUCAGAGAGUGAAAUUGUGGUGAUGAGGAAAUCAAGGUUGGUUUGCUGUGGUGCAACAUCAGGAGAAGUUACAUUAAGAGAUCCACGAACAUUUAAGGUGGAACAUCGUGUUCAAGCACACACUGGUACCAUCUCAGACAUAGAUACUAUUGGAAAUUUAUUGUUGACUUGUGGAUUUUCGGCAAGGCAUGGAAAUCUUAUAAUCGAUCCUUUAGUUAAAGUGUAUGACAUUAGAACUAUGCGGCCGCUUGUCCCAAUGCCAUUUCCUACGGGUCCAUGUUUCCUAAAAAUGCACCCAAAACUUUCAACAACUGUCUUUAUUGUAUCCCAGUCGGGUCAAUUUCAUGUUUGUGACAUCGGAAAUACUUCAGAUAUUCACUUUUACCAGGCAAAUACGUCUAGUUAUAUAAAUGCCAUUGAUUUAUCAACUUCUGGGGAAAUGCUUGCUUUUGGUGAUGCUGCAAGUUUUGUACACCUUUGGGAAGAUAGGAAAGAUGCAAAGAUCAAUGCAUAUUCCAAUCCUAUUGAAUUACCUUCGAUGCCAGCAACAACUCCACCUAUCACUGUUGGUGAAAAAGAUUCACUUUCAUUAAUUGGUAUGCCGUAUUAUAAAGAACCAUUGCUCUCUGUAUGGCCAUCAAAUAUGAUAUUUGAGGUUGGAAACCCACCACCAAAAAUCGAUCCCGAAAUUUUGAAUAAUAUAAAGAUGAUAGAUUUUGUUGGAUAUUCUCCUAAUCCCGGAAAUAAGAAAAGAAAUCAAGUUGUGAGAUAUUCAAGGAAAAAACAUAAAGCUGGCACUCCAAAAUUUAGAUCCGAGAAGGAAAGAGAAUUGCAAUCCGGAAAGGGUUCAAAGGAACCUUCAUCAUUAUUUGAUGAUGAAUCCGAACUGGAUGCGACCAGCAAUAGAAUGCCGAAGUAUUAUAAGAGAGUAGAAAUUAAAUAUAGUCGUUUUGGUGUAGAUGACUUUGAUUUUGAAUUUUACAAUAAAACUCAUUACGCAGGUCUUGAAACUCAUAUAACGAAUUCUUACUGUAAUUCUUUAUUACAAGUUCUUUUCUUUACUCCAGUCCUUCGUUCAAUAACUAAGUCACAUAUCGGUUCUGAUUGUACAAAAGAAAAUUGUUUAUGUUGUGAGCUUGGUUUCUUGUUUCGCAUGCUGGAAGACGCUAAAGGAAGGAAUUGUCAAGCUUCAAAUUUUUUGAGGGCUUUCGGCACUAUUCCGCAAGUUUUGGCUCUUGGAUUGUUUGAGCCCGAUGAGCCCGAUGAGAAAACACCUUAUUCAAUGCUCAUUCAGAAUUUUAAUCGAUUCAUUCUUGAACAACUUCAUCAAGAAUGUAAUUCAAACAAUAAUCCACGUUUGUUAAAGUCUCUUCCAUUAGAAAAAACGCCCCUUUCGAUGAUUCAACAAUUAUUUGGAAUGCAAGUCGCGUCAAUAAGCAAAUGUCAAUGUGAUACACAAACAGACCGUUUAACAACACCGUUUGUCUUGGAUUUACAAUUUUCUUCAAAGAAUCAUAAAGGGAAAGAAAGGGAAUCAAAAACAAAAUCUUUUGUUGAUAUCUUACGGACAAGUAUUCGACGUGAAACUCAACAGAAAGCUUGGUGCAACAACUGUCAACAAUAUGUUCCCACAAUUGCUAAAAAAAUUCCAAAAAGUUUACCUCCCGUUUUAUCAAUAAAUUGUGGUGUAGGUACAUCAGUUCCUGCGGAUAUUUGGAGAACGCUUGAUGGACAAAAAUCAUGGUUACCAAAAAGAAUUUCCAUGGAUCUAGAUGAUGAUGACAAUUUAACCGUAAAGGAAUUGGCUUCUAAUGCCGUUGUAGAUAUCAACACUAGCGGCAGCUCAAAGAGUGCUAAUUACGAACUGAUGGCCAUAAUUUCCCAAGUCAGAGUUGAAAAAGAAAUACCUCAUCUAGUUGCUUGUGUUAAAGAUGAAUCAGAGUCUACUAGUAAAAGUCCAUGGUAUCUUUUUAAUGACUUCUUAGUAAAGAAUGUUACUGAACAAGAAGUUUUCAAUUUCCAAGGAAUUUGGAAAACGCCGGUUGUAUUAUAUUAUUCAAGGGUUGACAUAUCAGAUUUGAUGGAUACUAGUGCUUUACCUUCAAAGAUCGAUAAAUCUAUCUUAUUCAAAGAUAUUUCCAUAUCAAAACAUCGUUUAACGAAUAAGAAAUCAAGCGUCUUGUUAACACCUGAAGAAUUGCCACAACCAGGAACGUUGGUAGCAAUUGAUGCUGAAUUUGAAGAGACAGAAAUUAUUAGUGAUGGAACAAAAUCAGUUAUUCGUCCAAAACGCCUUAGUUUAGCACGUGUUAGUGUAUUGCGUGGUGAAGGAGUGAAAGAAAACGUUCCAUUUAUUGAUGAUUAUAUCGCUGCAUCAGAACCGGUUGUUGAUUACUUAACAGAAUUUUCUGGAAUUGCAGCCGGUGAUUUAGAUGAAGCUUCAUCUAAGCAUACAUUAGUCCCUUUAAAGGUUGCUUAUAAAAAAUUACGGUUGCUUCUUGACCUUGGUUGCAUUUUUGUUGGUCAUGGAUUGAAAAAGGAUUUCCGUAUUAUAAAUAUAUUAGUACCACCUGGACAAGUCAUUGACACUGUAGAUAUUUUUCACAUUAAGAAUAGACAAAGGAAAAUAUCAUUAAGAUUUUUAGCUUGGUACCUUCUUAAUCAAGAUAUUCAAACAGACACACAUGACAGUAUUGAAGAUGCGCGUACAGCUUUGGCAAUAUAUAAGAAAUAUCUUCAAUUUAAAUCCGAAGGUAUAUUUGAAGAAGUAUUGGAGGAUAUAUAUAGUGAAGGGCGUAAAUAUAAUUGGAAACCAACGCCUGGGGUGUUUCCAACAUCACGUAUUGGAAAUUCUUUUUCAAACUUAUCAGAAACAAAUAUAAGAGAAAUCCCUCCUCCAAUUUCGGAAAUCCCUCCUUCAAUUCCAGAAAUCCCUCUUUUGAUUUCGGAAGGAACAGAAAUUCCUCCUCUAACUUCAGAAGGAGCAGAAAGCCUUACUUCUCUAACUCCAGAAGAAACAGAAAUCAGUCCUUCUUUAGCUUCUGAAGAAAGAGAAAUCAAUCCUUCUUUAGCUCCUGAAGAAACAAAAAACAAUCCUUUUUCAGCUUCUGAAGAAACAGAAAUUCCUCCUCCUUUAAUUUAG